GGGCUGCUGCAGACGGAGACGCUCGCCUUCGGUCCCGUGAUGCUGGACGCAGUGUCUGCCGUCACUCUCCUGCUGCUGCUGCUGCUGCUGCUGCUGCUUCUCAACAUCUGGGGUCAAAAGCAUCAUUCAGACAUACCAGGCCCUCCCUUCUUGGCAGGACUCGGUCCGAUUCUCACCUACAGCAAGUUCAUGUGGUCUGGGAUCGGAACGGCCUGUAACUACUACAAUAACAAAUACGGCAGCAUUGCCAGGGUGUGGAUCAACGGCGAGGAAACCAUCAUCAUAAGCAGGUCCUCUGCAGUCUAUCACGUCCUGAGGAGUGACCUCUACACCUCAAGAUUUGGGAGCAAAAAAGGACUGGAGUGCAUCGGGAUGGAGGGGAGGGGGAUCAUCUUCAACAACAACAUCCCGCUCUGGAGAAAAUCCAGAGCUUAUUUUACUAAAGCGCUGAGCGGCCCGGGCCUGCAGAAGACGGUGGGAAUCUGUGUGAGCUCCACAUCCAAAUACCUGGACAGCCUGCAGGACAUGACGGACUCCUCCGGACACGUGGACGCCCUCAACCUCCUGAGGGCCAUUGUGGUGGACAUCUCCAACAAGCUGUUCCUCGGGGUGCAGCUCAACGAGAGGGACCUGCUACUGAAAAUCCACAAAUAUUUCGAGACCUGGCAGACAGUUCUUAUCAAGCCGGAUAUCUUCUUUAAGAUGGGAUGGCUGUUCAACAAGCACCAGAGAGCGGCCCAAGAACUCCAGGAUGUGAUGGAAAGCCUCCUUGACAUCAAAAGGAGGAUCAUCAGUGAAGCGGAGAAGUUGGAUGGGGAGCUGGACUUUGCCACGGAGCUCAUCUUUGCUCAAAACCACGGCGAGCUGUCGGGGGACGACGUCCGGCAGUGCGUGCUGGAGAUGGUGAUCGCGGCUCCGGACACGCUUUCCAUCAGCCUGUUCUUCAUGCUCAUGCUGCUGAAACAGAACCCGGACGUGGAGCUGCAGAUCGUGGAGGAGAUGAACGCCUUCCUGAGUUGAGAGAGCAGUGCAGUCCACUUCACGGGCCGGCAUACAGGUUUCUAACGCCGUCCUUCGCUUGCAGGCGACAAAUCGAUAGAGACCGUGGACUAUCAGGGUCUGAAGGUGCUGGAAAGUUUCAUCAAAGAGUCGAUGAGGUUCCACCCGGUGGUGGAUUUCACGAUGCGGAAAGCUCUGGAGGACGAUACCAUCGAAGGCACGAGGAUCAGGAAAGGAACCAACAUCAUUCUCAACAUCGGCCUCAUGCACAAGACAGAAUUCUUCCCCAAAUCCAAAGAGUUCAGCCUCCUGAACUUUGAGAAAAAUGUGCCCAGCCGAUACUUCCAGCCCUUUGGCUGCGGCCCUCGCUCCUGCGUGGGGAAAUACAUCGCCAUGGUGAUGAUGAAGGCCAUCUUAGCCACGCUGCUGUCCCGCUACACGGUGUGUCCUCGCCAGGGCUGCACGCUCAGCAGCAUCCGGCAGACCAACAACCUGUCGCAGCAGCCUGUGGAGGACGAGCACAGCCUGACCAUGCGCUUCAUCCCUCGAGGCCCCAAGACUUCAGAAUGAGCCUUCAGCACAUCA